AUGAAGAUGGUGCCAAAAAUGCUGACGCCUCUUGUCAAGGAGUGGGCCCCGGAAGCUUUUGUCAUUUCCUUCAAACUGGAGACAGAUCCCCUGAUCCUCAUCGAGAAAUCCAGGCAGGCUCUGGAGAAAUACCGACACCAGGUGGUGGUGGCCAACGUCCUGGAGUCACGGAGAACCUCCGUGGUCAUUGUCACCAAAGACUCCCAGACUCCCUUGGCUCUUUCCGAUGAGGAGGUGGCUCAAGGCGUGGAAAUCGAGGAGAAGAUCGUGAGCUACCUGCAGGGUCAGCACAGCGCCUUCAUAGAGAGCAAGGGCUGA